AUGUCGACGACAGAAGACGCCGACCCAGUCUCUACUCACGCCUCCAGUAUUAUCCCUCUCCCAGCCACAUCUCCUGCCCAAAAAUAUGGUUCUGCGAAUGCUCCAAGCGACAGUCAUGCUUUAGCGGCCGCUGACCAAGAUGUCAAAGGCGCUGCACAGUUCGAUCAUGAUCACAAAGAGGUCAAGGAUUUGGGGUGGAAUGAUCCUACUGACCAGAUUCCCAAGCCGUUGGUUGGGGGGUUGUCGAAUGAUGAUCUAUGGACAUUGAUUCGAAGAUUCAAUAAGCAAAUAUAUCAUGUCAAAGCAAUGCCACGGGCUCCGCCGGGCGGACUUGAUCUUAAUAUUGCAGAUGACGACGAGUUCUCGCCGGAUAAAUUUCGUUCGACAUUGGAAAGACUUUAUAUGACUGUUAUCGUUGGCGUCAUCGCCGGGUCCAAGCACAUUGCAAGACUGAGAUCCUGGAACGAAAGAAAACGAACGGGAGCCUUCUGUGCGGUGUAUUUCCUUGCAUGGUUGUUAGAUCUAGUGGUGCCUCUCCUCGUCGGAUUCUUGAUAACCUUGAUCGCAUUUCCGGAGUCCCGACGGUACUUGUUCCCACCAACACCACUGGCAUUGGUCGAUGCAUCAACAGGUAAAUUACAGGAGCCGCCGGCUGGAGUUCUAGCUUCGAAAGGGUCCCUCACGGGAGCCCCGGAAAAGCAUGAAGGUGAAGCUGUAGAACAGGAGGCCAGUAAUUUCGUCAGCAGUAUUGCAGCGAUUGGUAUCAACAGUGCUACUGGGCAGCAUCCUGAAAAUCCAAAGCAGGAUGAAGAAGGGACUAUUGAUACCAAGGUCCCUGACCCUUCCAGUGUAGCAAUUAAAGCCACAGAGGCUAAAGACAAAGCUGCUGGCGGGACGGGCAAGAAACAUGACAAGACAAAGGAGCCGAUGCAAAAUGCAAUGUGGUCGAAGAUGAGACCAGUAAUGCAUGGUAUUGAGAGUAUAUCGGAUACAUGGGAGCGAUUUGGAAAUGCACUGUCUCCAACACCACCAUUCCCACAAAAUGCACCACGGACUCGAUUAGCUGCAAUUCUAGUCCCAGUACUGCUGGGGUCCCUUUUUGUAAACUCAUACAUGAUCAUUAAAGGCACUGGCUUUGGAUUUGGAUUUACGUUCUUCGGUCAACCGGUCAUUGAUCGUGGUGUCAAACUUCUUAACAGGAAGUUCCCACAUUGGCAGAAACUCCUCGAACUCCGCAAACGCAGUACAAUUCUCAAAGGUAUCCCCACGAACGCCCAACUCGCUAUUACGCUCCUUCGAAUUGGCGAAGCCAACAAAGCUCCUAUCCCACCUCCACCACGUUCCGACUCCGCACCAUCUUCAGGUGCCAUAACUCCUCACUCCGAAUAUGAUCACGCAGAACUCUCCGAGGGCCUAGAUGCCACGCAGGAAGAACUUGCACGAGCAAUCCGUCCUUCGACCCCACCACAUGUAACCAAACCAGCAGCCGAGAAACCCGAGAAGAAGAAAACUUCCUCAAAAGUUCUAGGAUUUUUUAAGUCUACCACAAAAACUGGGGUUGCUACGGCUCUCAGCACGGAUAAGAUUAAAGCACAAGUCGGCAGUGAACAUGCUAAACAGCGGUUAGGCAUUCUACCUAAGGAAAAGGAGAUCCCACCCAUGGGGCCCGUAGACUUUCCGGCAAGAAUGCACGGAAAGAAAGGAUCGAUAUAUAUCACCACCUCUGCGGUAACUCCGUGCGUUUCUUUUGCGUUCAAAUCCAAGAGCGAUCAGGUCAAGGAAAUCAUGUCCUCAGACAACGGGGAGAAACAAACAGUAGCAACUACUAGUGGAGAAGCAUUAGAAGGUCCAGACCUUAAGCCGGUUUGGACUGUAGCUAUAAAUGAGAUUAAGGAAGUUAGAAAAUUGGGGGGGUUGGGAUGGAAAGGCAAGUUGAUCGUCGGAUGGGCAUUGGAAAAGACGGUGACGGAUGGAUUGGAAAUUAUUGAUCGGAGGGGGAAUAAAUAUGUGGCUACCGCUAUUACGUUGAGAGAGGAACUGUUCAAUCGGUUGGUUAGUAUGGGAAGACAGAAGUGGGAGUCCUGGUGA